GCAGGUGUCGCUGUCAGAGUAGCACGUACCUCAGGUUAGGUGUGGCCGCUCCUGUUGUCACCCUCUCCUGCUGUCAUCCACGUGUGCUGUCACCCACCCCUGUUGUCACCCACUCCUGUCACCCACGCGUGCUGUCACCCACUCCUGCUGUCACCCACUCCUGCUGUCACCCACUGGUGGACAUGGGCUGCUGACAGAAGCCAGCUACUAACUCAAAAGAUUACUUCCAGUAUUCAGACGAAGUAGGAUGGACCGACGGCUUCUGCUCCUGGGUGUCCUUGUCUUAUUGUCGAGUGGGGCGGUGGGCGCCAACUGGUUCACGGAGCAGUGGAACAACCUCUCCUCCUCCGUCUCUGGCUUCUGGGCCCAGACCUCCCAGCUGUUUACCAAGGCCUACACCACCAUGACAAAGCGGUUCACGAAUCUGUCAGCCGACGUGAAAGGUUGGCUGUCCAACAAGUCCUUCAAGAACGCCACGGCGACGAAACUGCUCAGUGAUAUACCUACGGACGGCUGGAGAGAGCUCAAUCCCGCGAUGCUCAUGUCCGCCAGCAAGUCUGAGGUCUCCAACUUGAUAUCGUCGGGGACAGGGAAGGUCCCCCAGAGGUUCCUGGACGAGCUCAACCGACUGACACUCCUCAACUUGACGGACGAGGAAGUUAUCAACACAGUGCAAAGUUCCGUAAGCCAGUGUAGCACGCUGAUAUCAACGGCUGGAGCAGCCCCUGCUGGCUGUCAGCUGACACUGAGCGAGGUGGUGACCCUGGUGUCAAGGCUGGGUGACCCCGCCAAGUGGUCUCCUCAGAACGUGACUGACCUCGGCCCAGUCAUCUUCCAGCUGCCCGUCUGCCUCGACAAGGUCCAGAACGACUCCACAGCCCAGGCGGUGAUGGAUGUCCUGAAGACGUGCCUGGGCCAGACUCCAGACUCUAACUGCCCUUCAGUAGCCCAGUUGUGGACCAUGAUGCAGAUGAUGGUCCUUCGGCUCACAGGCCCUCCGGCCACCUGGAGUCAGGGCAGUGUCAUGGCCAUGGGCGGCGUCAACAUGAUACCCGAUUAUGCUGUCGUCUACCUAAAUAAUUCCUUUAUUACAGCUGCUAAGAUGGACAUUGUCAAGGUGCCUAUUCCAGCCACAAAGCAACAAACAUGCGAGAACUGGAAGGCAGCACUCUGCCGGGCCGAGCAGUGUACCAGCAUGACAGGUGCAGCUGACAGGACAUGGUACAACAGCCUGGGCACUCUGCAGGUGUGUAUGGGACCCUCAGACCUGUCACCAGCUGGGCUAGCUGAUGCCACUCUCAAAUUCAUAACAUACAACAUCUCCAAUAUUAGGGGCAAGGAUAUCAACCAACAGGAUGCCAGCAUCAUCCUGCAGGACGUGCUGAUGAACAAGACCGUCGACAACAUCACCAAGCCCGAUGUUGAUGCCCUGGGAGGACCAUUGAUGAUGAGGGCUCCUGCCUGCUACCUGAAGGCCGCCGCCAAGCGUGGGCUGCUCCCCACUGUCCUACCAUCUAUGGACACCAGUGUUAUGAAAGUCCAGGGCCCAGAGUUCUCAGCCAAGAUAAAUGCACUGCUGAAGGCCAACAUGGCAACGGCUCUUGUUGGUGGGGUGUUCACACUGAGUAAGUUUAUUGAGUCCCUGAAGCCUCGUAUUGAUCCCAUCUACCUCAAGACUCUCAACAAUACAGUGUGGAAGCAGGUUGUCGACAAGGCCCAGAUGACACGUCAGCCAUUGUCAACUUUACAAAUCGACACCAUUAUGUCACAGGUGGCAGCCACAGACCUGCCCCCAUAUGCCCCGUUCUUCAAGGAGUAUGCCUCUACCAAGAAGAUUGGGAGCCUUAGCUCAAAUACCCUAGCGCUACUUGCCAAGGAUAUGUCACCCUAUUCCCUUCCAUGUCUGCGGGGGGCCAAUGUGACAUUUGGAGGCACAGGUAACCUCACCGUCGACAUGAUCAAACAAGGUGUAAACUUCCUGCCCUGCAUGAGUGCCACCGAUGCCCGGAGAGUGGCUCCAAGUGACCUCUUCAAGACGUUUGAGGCUAUCAAGGCGACGGGCAAACCUCUAUCUUUGGCAGCUUGCCGAGUGUUCAGAGACAAGCUGUUGGACUGGGCCAAAACGGACUUGCCAACCGGCCUCAAAUCCCUGACAGAUAUUGGCCAGCAGCUCUUCCUGAAUGAUAUGGCAACCAUACCCUCGUGUGUCAUCGUCGACAUGGGGAAUAUUGCCCUGCAAGUGAUGACCAGGGAGAUGAAGCAGGUCCUGUUGAUGCAGAUGUGCAAGAUGAACAUCCUCUCCACCAUCCCUCAGGAUGGCAGGCGACUCUUCAUUAAUUCUAUUGUCGGUGACAUGAUGAGUGCAGCAGGAGCUAAACUGGGAAUAUGUGAGUUAAACUUGCUGGGUAUGUGUGCAUUUGACCUCAGUCCGGAUAACAUGAAGAAAAUGGACGAGUUUGCCUCGUCAGAGUUUCUCAAGCGUCUGCAGAAAGCCUUCAUAAGCCCGGUGCCUCCAUGCCUCGACCAGUCGCAGCAGCAACAGAUUGGUCAGAUGCUCAUCAGUGUCAAAGGGCCCACCAACACCUGGAAGGACGCAAGUGACGUCAGCUGCAUCAUGGGAAUGCUCACCAGCACCAACUUAAUGGCGAUCCCGGAUGAAGUCUACACCUCUACGUCCUGCAACAUUAUGAUGUCACCCUUCGAGGAUGGUCAGCCGGAUGUGUGUAAGAUAGCUGCCAUGCUUCAAAGAAAGAGCAUCGCCAUCGAUCAGACAAAGAGAUGCAUCAAGCUGAGGCAGGCAGGUACUGGUGCCACAACCUGUGACAAAAUAUCUUGUGGGGGAGUUGCUGUCAUGACUUCUGCAGAGAUCAGAAAUCUUCAGCUGCAGGAUGUGAAGGAUAAUUUGGAAGAACUCGGCUCCCAGGACAUGGGUAUGGAAAACGCUAUGGUCCUGGCUGACAAGGUGAGGCAGCUGAGAAACCAGAAUAACCUAACACAGGAGGAGCAGACUAAGUUUGGCUACAUCUACCAAGCCUUCACCAAGGACGACAUAAACAACUUUACUUCAUGGGCACCCCCCGCUGCCAAGGAGAUGCUGGCAAAAAUGUCUGAUGAUGCAAUAACAGCACUCAGGGACAAGAUACUAACCAAGUACAAGAGCACAUCGAGCAUGACUUCACAGGACCUGAUGCUGCUGGGGCGAGUGGUGUGCUACCUCACUCAAGACCAGAUCAACGCCAUCCCCUUGACUGCUUUUCUGGACGCCAUGAGGUACUUGGGCAUCCUGGACUGUAGUGGUCAGAACAGCACUGUCAACCUGGCCGCCAGAGCUGUAGCUGCCUACAGCAGUGACAACAGAAACAUCCAGUACUGGGACCCUGCCACGGUGAGCGAGAUGGGACUCCUGAUGGGUGGUCUCAGCCCAGAGAGCUUGGCCAUGAUGCCUGACAGAGCCUUCUCAGGUCUGACCUCAGCUGGCAUACAAUCUAUUCCCCCCGGUGUCUUGAAGGUAAUUAAAGUGUCCCAGAUCAAGAACCUGAGCCCCACGACAGCAGCAUCCAUCUCUGCGAGUCAAAUGGCACAGUUCAACUUGGAGAUGAAGGCAGCACUGCAGGGGGUGUUGCCAUCAGCAGGUUAUAGGUCAGGGUCGCCAGAACUCUGCUUCUCUAGCCUUUUGGGGGCUUUGGUAUUGGUAGUAGUAUUGGUGAUGAUGUAAGCCUACCUGGUUAACCCCCACUAGACCAUCAGUUGCAUAGACCUACCUGUAUCAGCAGUUGGGUGGGCCUGUCUGCCAACCCCCACUGGACCAGCAGCUGAGUACUUGGUAACCUCCACAGAACUAGCAGCAGCUGUGUUUGCCAACCCCCACUGGACCAGCAGUUGUCACAAACACAACGAAGCCACCCACAGCCAAUAAAUAUUCUUGGAUCUUUUUAACAACUUCACAUGUCAUGUAUUUCUUAAUUUUCAAAUUUGAAUUGAUUAUUCCUCAGAAACAAAUAGGCUUACAAAUUUUAAUAAAAAUUUUGUCAACCGGAUAAUAUAAAUUACUUGUCAGGUGUUAGAUAUCAUAAGAUUUGCUAAACCAUGAAAUUCCUGCUGUCUUAAUUUUUACUUAUAAGAAUCAAAUAAUAGGCCUAACUUCUUUUCAUAAAAUUACAAUUGAUUGCAUGUUUAGAUUUCCAAUUAAGUUUAUUUAUAUUUUAUUUAUACCAACAAAUACAAUUAUGAAAACCA